AUGCUCUGGCGCUGUGACAGAGUUUCCCGAAGGACACUGCGCUCCGCUUUUCUGGAGCAGCCAGGCUCGGAAGACCCUGUGAGAAAUGUGGCGCAGCUUCGAGACGUGGGACACUUUGAGUGGGGCGGCUAUCCGACCAGGAUUGCCUCUCCGUGGUCCAUCUGGGCCAAUAAGCUGAGGCCCUGUCGGCCCUCUCAGAUUGACAUCAAUGCCUUGGAGAAGGAUCAUAUCAUCAUGAAGAUGUACCUGGACAACAAAGGCCAGAUUGAGGUGGAACUUACACAGAAGACGGCUUCCCCUCCAAGGAGUUUGAAUGGGCACCUCAAACCGUCAGCUGAGACCAGAGGUUUCGGGGAUCUGGAUCUCCUGGAAGGCUUUUGUGGGGUGGCCCCGAGUCAGGAUGUGGAGCAGGGCUGCUAUCAGAAUGGAGCUAUAGCACAUGAGCGGUAUGUCCUGCAUUGUGAGGAAUUCAGCCCAGUCAUUAAACAGGAGUGGCUCCAUUCCAAUGCACCGAGGAAUUUAGAAUAUCAACUCUUCAACUCCAAGUCGAAAGGCAGUGAUUUCAAUGAUAAGACACCUUUGUUGAAUGUUUCUUCUGAAGUGAAUGGAAGAAGCUACUUGACUCUUCAUGAAGCGGAUCCUGAUGAAUCAUGGGAAAGCAGCUCAGGCGAACUGGAGCGACGGUGUCGACUGGGAAGUGAAGUUGGCUGCCUUUCUGCAUCUACCUCUACCGAGAAAUGUGACAUCUUGGACAGUCUCCACCUGAACUUCACACUUUCCAACAAGCUUAGAUGUGUUUUAAGAGUCCUGAAGAUUUCCAGCCUCUUUAUCUUCGUAGUUGUUUGCUCAGUUUUAUUUAGCUCUUAUCCGGAUCAUGGGAAUCCUAGGCAAAUGAUAGCUGUUUCACCAUUCGAAGGCACACUGUUAAACCUCACAAACUUUGGAGACAAUGCUCUUCUCAAACUAGAAAUCGCAGGACCGUUUGCAGAAGACCAAAUUCACAGGAAUACAGAGGAGUACAUCAACAUUCAAGUAGAACAGGUUGAAGAUGGCGGCAGAGGAAGAAGACGUCAUCAGCAGUUAGUACACAAUUGGACCAUUCCAUUAAAUCCACAAAGGAUUCAACUCAUCAAGACAAAGACUUUUGAGAUGGCUAGCAGCAAUGAAAUUGGUGUAAGUAUACAGGCCUUCCUCAAAAACAAUGAAAUGGUUCCGCUCUCCAUUCGUCACCAGUAUCUCUAUGCAAACGUUGAGACGCAAGUUGCAAUUGCAUCCGUCAUUUUGGCUGGAGUCUACGCACUUAUUAUAUUUGAGAUUGUUCAUAGAUCUUUGGCUGCCAUGUUGGGAUCCCUGGCAGCUUUGGCUGCCCUGGCUGUGAUUGGUGAUAGACCAAGCAUGGUCAGAGUUGUGGAUUGGAUUGACUAUGAAACACUGGCGUUAUUGUUUGGAAUGAUGAUUUUGGUGGCAAUAUUUUCAGAAACUGGCUUUUUCGAUUACUGUGCUGUCAAGGCUUACCAGUUGUCUAGAGGAAGAAUAUGGGCCAUGAUCGUCAUUCUGUGUCUCAUUGCGGCAAUUCUAUCAGCUUUUUUGGACAAUGUCACCACAAUGCUUAUCUUCACACCAGUAACUAUAAGGUUAUGUGAAGUGCUCAAUCUGGACCCCAGGCAUGUCCUGAUUGCGGAAGUUGUCUUCACAAACAUUGGCGGAGCAGCCACAGCAGUUGGGGACCCACCAAAUGUCAUCAUUGUCUCCAAUCAGGCACUACAAAAGAAAGGCCUGGAUUUUGCAGCAUUCACUGGGCACAUGUUUGUUGGAAUCGUCUUGGUCCUCCUUGUGUCGUUUCCCUUCUUGAGGCUGCUUUAUUGGAACAAAAAGCUGUACAACAAGGAACCGAGUGAGAUUGUGGAGCUGAAACAUGAGAUUCACGUGUGGAGACUCACAGCUCAGCGUAUUAACCCGGCCAGCCGAGAAGAGACUGCAGUGAAGUGCCUGCUAAUGCAAAAGGUUCUCAAUCUGGAGAAUGUGCUCAGGAAAAAGCUUAGGACCUUUCAAAGACAAAUUUCACAGGAUGACAAAAACUGGGAAACUAAUAUUCAGGAACUGCAAAAAACGCACAGGAUAAUGGACAAAGCCCUUUUGGUGAAAUGUUCAACUGUUUUGGGAUUCGUUAUCUUCAUGUUCUUUCUCAACUCGUUUGUUCCCAGCAUCCAUCUUGAUCUUGGCUGGAUCGCAAUGUUGGGUGCAAUAUGGCUCCUGGUGUUGGCUGACAUCCAUGACUUUGAGAUUAUACUGCACAGAGUAGAAUGGGCAACACUUCUCUUCUUUGCUGCACUCUUUGUCCUGAUGGAGGCACUGGCUAGCUUGCAAUUGAUUGACUACAUUGGAGAACAGACAGCCACAUUGAUAAAGUCUGUUCCGGAAGACCAACGGCUGUCAAUCGCUUUAAUCCUAGUCAUUUGGGUGUCUUCCCUGGCGUCUUCUCUGAUAGAUAAUAUUCCCUUUACAGCUACUAUGAUACCUGUGCUGCUAAAUCUGAGUCAGGACACUGAUGUAAACCUGCCGGUGAAACCUUUGAUUUUCGCACUGGCGAUGGGAGCCUGUCUGGGAGGCAAUGGAACAUUGAUUGGAGCUUCUACCAAUGUGGUGUGUGCUGGAAUAGCAGAACAACAUGGCUAUGGCUUCUCCUUCAUGGACUUUUUCAGAUUGGGCUUCCCCAUGAUGCUUGUUUCCACAACUAUCGGGAUGUGCUACCUCCUUGUUGUUCAUGUUGUCCUGGGAUGGAACUCGUGAACUGACCUCAAAAGAACAAAGGGAGCACUGUCCUUGGAGGAUGGUGCUUAUUUUCAACAACUUAAGAGUCAAGCGACACAGAGUAAUUACUGCAAAGAGAACUGACUGUUCAACUCGCAAAUUUAAGCCACUGUCUGGUAUUUUUGUGACAAUUUUCCAAUCCUGCCCUGUAUAUGUCUACAGACCAUCGUGAACAGGAGUGUUAAAUGUGCCAUAAAAUCACAACAAGGGAAUAGUCUACACACCAAAAGCACAUUUCGCUCAAGUAUUUGAAUAACUUGUUUUCAGCAAAGACAAACAUUUCAUGUCAUCAAAAAUGACAAAUUGUAAUUGGUUCAAAAUCUUUGUACACUUUUAGACCUUUAUCCUUCUAGUGAACAACCACUCCAAGUGUCAUUGAUGUUUAUUGACCAUCU